CAAAGCAUAGUGGUAACUAGAGUUUUUCUGCACUGCUUACGAAUCCUGACGAACCAUUGCCUGCUGUCAGAAUUAAUAGCAGUAUGGGUCGCAGUUAUAUCGUAGAAGAUGCUGUGGAGGGAUGUCUGUCUAAACUGUGUGAACAGAAAGCAGGUUCAGUCACAGGCCUGCUACUUGGACAGAGCUCACCCCAAAGGGACUUUGUCGUAAUGGCAACUCGGACGCCUCCUAGGGAGGAGACCCCUGCAGGAAACCCUGUGGACAAGGAGUGGGUGAGCGAGCACGCUCGACAGGUGUCUCGGAUGCUACCUGGAGGCCUCUCUGUACUGGGAGUAUUUAUCAUCACUGAUACUGAGGCAAAGGACACACUAACCACACUCCGACAGUUGGUCUUCGCGAUGGAGAGCCUGGUCUCCUCGGAGCAGCUGUGGAGCCCUGCAGAGGAUGACGUCUCAGACUGUGUCGCACUGCACGUCAACCGCAAGACCAGGAAAACCUUCUGCAGAACCUUUGACGUCAAAGAUCCCAAGAGCACGGCCAAGCCUGCAGACUGGAGGUACCAGGCGGGGGUGUGCUCCUCCUGGAGCAUGGUGUCCUGCUGUCUACAUGUGGACCUGUUGGUGCCGCUACCAGACAACAAGACGGAUCCAGAAAACAUGGAUAAAUGUCUUAAGGAGGAGCUGAGAGGGUGGGCACAGCGGCUGGAGAGCGGAGUGUGUCUGAUGGAUGGGAGAAAGCUGGCAGAGGACGCAGAGCUCCCCGGAGGACAGAAGAGGAACGUGAGACAGACGUACACAGCUCAGAUACUCGUCACACCGAGCGAGCAGAGGUUAGCAGAUGAGGAGCAGCGGUGUGGAGGCAGUGUGUCCAUCAGAGGAGCCGUCCACAGCAGGGCGUACCUGCACAGCAACAAACCAAAGGCCAGGCUGGCGCAGAAGCUGCUGAAGAGGGACGCCGUCGCUACGGUAACCACACGGGUUCAGAUGCUGCUGGAGGAGCUGCUGACGUCUGAAGACGAGAACAAGAGCAGCAGCAAACAAAAGAGAGAGCUCUUCUGUCUCCCUCAUCGUGUCUUCUGCCCGCUGAAGGCGAGCGGGCCACUGUGUGUGUGUGACUACCAGUUCAGUGACGAGAGUGUGUGUGAGGUAACCGAGCGGCUGAAGGAGAUGCUGGACAUCGACGCAGCCGAGGAAGACUUGGAUAGCAGCCAGGAGGCGCCGGGGGAGAUCACUGAGAGGGAGGUUGGAGCAGAGCCCACUGUGGAGACGGUUGUAGCACUUGAGCCAAAGAGGAACAGCUUUAUUGGUGUUGCCAUGGCUACUGCUGUCGCCCUACUUGCCACUGCUGCCUCGAUGCUCUAUCUCAAUGACGUCUAAUUCAAACAUGCUCACACACAUAAUAAAGUGUUUGUUUUAACAUU